GUAGAAACAUGACGUCACAAUAUGUCGACCUUCAUAGAGGGGGUGCAUGCGGUUAUGGAGAUAUAAAUGCCUCAUUCUAAGGAGAAGAAGAAGCAAGCAGGAGGAAUUACUCCAGGAGAAACUACAGACAUACUAUUAUAAAGAUGGAGAUUAAGGAAGAACCCUGCAGAAUAAAAGAUGAAGAUACAGAGGAACAAAUAGACCCGAUGAAAGUGAAUGAGGACAAACAGCAUUUCACCAACGAAGAUGGAAACAUCAUUUCAAAGACUGAAGAGAAUUUCACACAGAAACGAGCUGGAAAAACUGGAGUCAAAGGAUCUUUCACCUGCUCUGAGUGUGGAAAGAGUUACAAACUGAAAAAAAACCUAAAUCAGCACAUGAGGAUUCACACUGGAGAAAAACCAUUCACAUGCACUCAGUGUGGAAAGAGUUUCACAUCCCAAGAAUAUCUCAAAAAUCAUCUGCGCUCUCACUCUGGAGUGAGAUCAUUCAGCUGUGAUCAGUGUGAUAAAACAUUUGUUUAUGAAUCAAGCCUAAGAAUACACAUUAAAACUCAUGCUGAUGUAAAGCCUCAUUUUUGUUCUUUUUGUGGAAAGAGUUUUUCACGACUGCAAAUUUUGAAACAGCAUGAGACGAUUCAUACUGGUGUGAGACCUUAUCUGUGCUCUGACUGUGGAAAGAGCUUCAUUACAUUGACUGACUUAAAAAGGCACCAGAGAGUUCAUACUGGGGAGAAACCGUACAAGUGUUCACACUGUGGAAAGAGUUUCUCUCGGUUAGGAAGCCUGAAAGAUCAUGAGCGAGUUCACACUGGAGAGAAACCGUACAAGUGUUCACACUGUGGAAAAAGUUUCGCUUAUUUGUCAUCGUGUGCAGAUCAUGAGAGAGUUCAUACUGGAGAGAAACCCUACAAGUGUUCUUCUUGUGGAAAGAGUUUCACCCAACUAUCUAAUCUAAAGACUCAUGAGAACAAGCAUUAAGAUGAAUAUCUCUAAAUUAUCAUUUUCAACAAGCACAAAUAGAUGUGAAUUAUUGUAUUGCUUUUCUUCUCCCUCUUUUUUUUUUAAGCAGAUUCUGUGUCUCAUCAUCAGGAUAAAUCAGUGUUUCUGUAUAAGUGAACAUUUACAAUCCAACUCUAGAAGACAGCAUUUUAAGGUUUCAUGAAUGAAGAAUCGGCUCUAAAUCUCCAUUUGCCAACUUCUUUUCUUCUUUUGGUGUCACUUUGACAGCGAAUAACUUUACAUCUGAGGCGUCCAAACUAAGACUCCAUUUGUCUUGAUUCAGAUUCCUCUCGGCACAGCUACUAGAAGACGUACAACCUUCAGACAGUUUGGUCACGUUACAUCUCCGUCAUCAAGCUCAGUGUGAGCCUGUGCAGUCGCUCAGCCAUCAGGAGUGCUUCUUCAGGGCUUCACUUUUCUCUGUUGAAUCUAUGGUGUCACUGUGUCCAUUUCUUUUACAGUCUAUGCUUCUGAAAAGGAAAAUAAGGGACACUCAAAACAUUUGUAAUUCACCACACAGCAAAUGUCAUUUCAUUGUCUGUAUGUGUAUAAAAGAUCUAUAAAUGGUUCUCAGACAUAAACACAUUUGGGUCAUUUGUGUCAAAAUUGACUGUAAUUCAUAUUAAAGACGUCUUAAUAUUCUUUUAGAUUACUUUUUCUUUUGGUUUCUUAAAGAAUCUUAAAAAAUAGUCUCGAUAAGUCGAUCCCCGAACGCCGUUCAUUCGCUGAACUUCAU